UAAAUGGAUUACCCUUCCAAGUUCAAAGGCCCUAAGAAGGAGAGAUUCCAUCAUAUGUAUAGGAAGAUCUCCUUCAAGCCCAAGAUUAAAAUUCCUAAUUAUAACAUCCAGGAUUAUUCUAAUAACAAGAGACUUGUAUAAAUUGAAAGACUUUAGAAGGCAAAUGCAGACAAAAAAUAGCACAGAGUGUCCCAAAGAAAGAGCAAUUCUCACCAAAUGUCGCAUCAAAAUAAGAGAAUAGAGAUUCAUAUAAUCGAUACACAGAAUCGACUGAUAAAAAAUAUGGUUAAGAGGAACUCAAGCAGAAAUAUUAACGAUCCUUCAGAAACAGCAAUGGCUGAGAGUCCCACAAAUAUCAAAAAUCGGAUGAUAUUGGAGGGAUGUACUAGUGACAUAAAACACCCCAGAUCUUCAACAAGAAAGAAGUCGUUGAAGUUAUCAUAUAAUCUCAAAACCAGACCUUCACAUAAGCGAGAUGCCAAUAGUACACUUGAACGGAAGCUGAAGUACAAAGAUAUGAUUGCUAACAGUGCAAAAAAGCAGACACGAGCUAAUUUUUUUGUGAAAAACUCAAGCAGGACACAAGAAAAAGAACUGGGACAAAUAAAAAUUUUAGGAAGGGUUUCCAGGCUUAACAAGAAAUUGGAGAAAUCUACUCAAAUAAAAUCCUCUGAGCCAAGCAUGAUCAAUAGCAAGUCCUACCAAGACUGCUUAGGGAGAGUAUCUCAAGAAUAUCUUAAGGCUUCUAAAUAUAAAGAUUGUUUCAUGUCUAGCAAGACUGCAACUCCAGAAAGAGGAGCUAUGUUCUCAAAUAAAGUUUUAGCUAAUGUGAAGACUGAAGUAAAAGAUCCCUGUGAAAGUCCUCCAAAGAGCAGCAAUGAAUUUAUAUCUUACCAACAACUUUAUGAGAUUAAGGAUACAGGGGAUUAUUUUAAAAAGAACUCAAAAUUCUUCAAUUUUGAUAUGAAGCACUUCAAAAAGCCUGGAAAAGUGUACUACGGUAUCACUUCGAAAGUGAGAAGGCACUUGUCCAAGGUAGAAGACAACCCUAGUAAGCUUCCUGUGCUACCCUAGCUACAGAGAUUGAGGAAGGAGCAAACAGAAAGGCACUUUAUAACUUACCUAAACUCC